AGAAAGACAGUGCACGCAACAACAACCUCGUAUUCAUUUUGGCAGCCUUUCCUCAUGACAAAUUGAAUACGGGCGUCAGGUGGUGGAAAAACCCAGUUUUAUUUAUAUCGGUGGGUUUUCCCACCUUGGUGCCUUCCACGAAAAUGAGCCGAUGUAUAAUACACAUUUGAACCUUCGCGGAGUAACUUGAAGACGCAACGAUAACAGGGUAGACCAAUCAGGCCUCGUCAUAAUAACGAUAUGCUAUCUAUCUACAGAAAUAGGUGAACAGUUUGGACUUUGUUUGAUGACAAAUUCUUUGGCGGUUAAAACAAAUAAUUCACAUUCGUCAGACACCGCUGAGAUCUCAAUCUUAUUUUCUUUUUAACUCGCAAGAAAAAUUCUAAUUUCUCAUGGCUGUAGAGGCUGCGACUAGAGGAGAUGCCACAGGUUCCUUGAGGAAUCUUACAUGUCCAAUGUGUCUCGGAAUCUUCACUGAAGCAACCAUCUUGACAUCAUGCGGACACACAUUCUGCAGGAACUGCCUGAAGAACUACGACCUGUCUCACCAGGACCGUAACUACAUGGUCUGUCCUCUCUGUCAGAAGAACACUAAUUUAUCUGCGAACCGUGUCGAUGGCUUGCUUGCAAACGUAACGGUUAAUAAAUUCGUGGACGAUUACCGGGCAAAAAAUGGAGGAGCAAAUGCAACCACUGUUCAGAUCCGCCCAAAAUGCACCUCUUGCAAGCCUCAGCCACAUGCUGUUUCAUUCUGCAGAACUUGUAAUAACCCCUUGUGUGAUGAGUGUCGGUAUUGCCAUGAGCAUCUUAGUGUCUUUGAAGGUCACGAGAUUGUUUCCAUGCAGGAUGAUAUCAAGGGAAAGUCCAUCCUCGAUCCUCUGACGAAGAAAUGUUCCUUCCACAGACUGGAGAAGAAAGAUGCAUUUUGUGAGGAUUGUAAAAUCUACAUCUGUCUCAAAUGCUUAACCGACGGUCAUCAGUAUCAUAAAAUCCAGAGUCGGGAUACCUUCGGUGAGGAGCUGCAGCUUGAAGUGGACAACCUUGUCAAACGAUGCGUAACUAAGGAACCAGAACGACAGAAGAACAUUCAGAAUGUAGAGGUUCAACACAAUGAGGUAACCAUUGCCAUGCAGAGGCUUCUGAAUGAUGUAAACAAUGCCUACCGAAUCAAAAGCAGAAGGCUGAAAGAGUAUCAUCAGAACCUCAAGACACAAAUUCAUACACUAGAAAAGAGUUAUGGCGACGCCUUAAACGGCAUGAAAUCCAAUGAUCUACAGAAGAUUGAAGGUAUCCGUAGUUCAAUAGCCAGGAUAGCACAGAUAGAUAAAGACACACUGGGUAAUCUUGAGACAGAUUAUCUGUCUGUUCAUAAAUUUAUGUGUAAAGAUCUAGAUUACUUGCUGAAAGAGGGUAAUGGUGGCACUUCGGCUGAGGUCAUUAAGAAUAAAGCUCAAAUGAAUAAGUUUAAGCCAUCUGGUAAAACUCGAAUUACUCUUGGGAGCAUAUCAGGAUUCACCGAUACCACCCCCGGGACUGCGAUGACAGCAAAGAUUAAGGUAAAGAAGGAGAAGGGUCAUAGCAAGAAAAAGAAGAAAAAGAGGAAUGUGGAGAAGAAUAAAAAGACAAACCAGAAUAGAAAAGACGAGCUGAAGAAGAAGAAGAAGAAGAAUGGAGAAAAUGGACUUAAUGUUGUUGGGCAAAUCAUACUAGGAUCCAGCAAACAAAUUUCUGGGGCCGCUAGUAUGAAUAAACCGGAUACUACACAAAGGAACAUCUCCAAGCCCCAUGAUAGUACUCGCCGUGACCUCGAGAAUAUCACAAAACAGAAGGGUCACACUGCCAUUACGAUGGAAGCACCCGGGAAGAUGUUAAUGUCUGCCGGUAAUAUUCGCAAGGACACCCGGAGCAUCUCUGAGUCUUCUGAUAGUUCGGAAGCCAUUAAGAAAUGUGGUAAAAAGAGGUUGAAGUCCGCGGAUGACAACCCCUUUUUCGUCUCAGGGUGCAUCAGUUCAAGGGAGGCAGCACGGAAAAGGUUUAAGUCUGGAGAUGAUAAUCGUCCUAACCACGGGAGCAUCUCAGAAGGUGCUGAUCAAGCUCCCUCUGGGUCUAACACUGGAGAGAAGGCAUUGGAGUCUAGAGAAUCUCCCGUUGCUAUCGUUAGAAAUGUACCGCCGCUCAAGAGAAUAAAUUCUGUUGAUAACCAUACUCGCCCUGGUUCAGAAAGCAUCAUACGAUCUGCUGAUCACACUUCUGCUGCACGUGCAACAAUUGCAAAGAUAAGUCAGAUAAGGUCUGCGCAUGGUCCAUCUCUUGUUUUCACAGCGGUCACAGAGUCUACUAAUCACACUUCUAAAAUACCUGUUGCGAUGAAGUCGCAAGAGAAUAAUUCAAUUCAGCCUAACUUCGGGAACAUUUCAAGACCCCGUGAUGAUACAUGCGUGCUUACGUCAGUCACGGACAACAAAAGACUAUAUGAGAAUAGAACAAAGCAUCGAGAUGAUUCUCGUCUUGUUCCUGAACUUAACUCUAGAACCAAUGUUCACUCUCCUGCUCCUGCCGCAAGCCCAAUUAGAAUAGAAGCACAUAGCACUAAUAUUUCCAAGCCUGAUGACAAUGUUCAAAUUCUUGGGAGCAUCUCAGAUUCCACUCAUGCAAAAAUGGCGGGAGAGAUGACGAAGAAAUUGCAGAAGAAUAUAUUGAAGCAUGCUCAUCUUGAUUCUACAAGCAUCCAAAGAUCGAAUGACUCCUUUGGGGCGGCCAUUACGAAGGAAAAAGCGGACAGAAGGGUCAAGUCUUCACCUGCUUCUAUGGUUUCACCUGGUAAAACAUCAGCGCCUGUCUCUAAGAAAAAAGUAGAAGCGAUAUCAAAACCUCAAAGUGAUAUUCGUCUUGAUCACGGGACGAUCUCGAGUUCUAAUCAUACUUCUGCGUCAGUCGUCAGAAAUACAGAAGGUCUUAGAAGGUGCAAUUCUAAAGAUGAUUCGUGCUUGGGGCCUACAGGUCACAAGAAUUGUUUAGCACAGAAAACUCAAAUUUCCAAACCAGCUGAUUCUCGCUUCCCCGAUAACAUCAUAAGAUCUGUGGCAGAAACUGAGAAAGUAGGCCCACAGGAGAAAGCAUUUAAGAUUCCAAGAAAACCGCCAAAUCAAUACAUUCAGCCUGUGACUACCACUGGAGCUUCUCCGGUGUCAGGAGAAUCUCCAGCAACAAUCGGUAAGAAAAUGCCCAUGCUCAAGAGAAUAAAGUCGGUUGAUCAUUCUAUUCUUGGUUCGGAGAGAAUCUCUAGUGAUCACUCUUCUGCGGAAACCAUUAGCAAGAAAAGUCAGAACAAGUCGACGUCUGAAUUUGAUGCAUCCGAGGACCUCGGGAUGCUCCAAGGAACUAAUAACUAUACGACAGAAAUGUGUACUGCGGAGAAGACCCAGGGGAAGAGUUUGAAGUCUGACCUUGGGGAUAUUUCAGAAGCUGGUAGUGACACAUAUAGUCCAACACCAACCAUGAAGAAGAAAGGUCAACUUGAAAAUGUAAUAAAACGCGAACAUGAUUAUUGUUUUGACCCUAAUCCCAACUCGAGUACUACUGUUUUUCAUCAACUUCGUGGGAGCCUCUCGGGAUCCACUGAUGAAAAAUCUACGGGAGCCGUGAAGCAGAAAGGAGGUUUAAAGGAGAUAAUUAAGAAAUUAAAUCCUAUGGGUGAUACUAAUCUUGGGGUCGGCACUGUGAAGUAA